AUGGCCCCGGAACUCCAAAUCGACCGCGAGGAGCGCGAGGAUGCGCCAUUCCUCGCUCCCGAUGCGCCUUUCAACCUCAACGACCGCGCGGCUAGCCCGGAGCAAUCUAGCUCACACGACAGGAAUACCAAUGCGAGCACGAUCAACUCGCGCCUCAAGGUGAUCUUGUUCGUCAUGGUGCUUGCCGUGGAGAUCGGUUUCUCGUUCUUGGAAGGUCCCAUGGUCCGCAUCAUGGAGUCCAUUGCUUGUCACCAGUACUUUUUAUCGGCAGACCCCUCGAAGAUCGACGCCAAUGGGCAAGUACCGGAGGGUCUAUGCAAAGGCGCGGAGGUACAGGCGGAGCUGGCGGCCGUCAAGGGAUACCACAUGUUCUUUGACGGGUUCCUAUGCGCCCUGUUGGCCUUCCCAUACGGUCUGCUGGCAGAUCGCCAAGGUCGCAAGCCUACUCUGCUCAUUGGCAUUCCGGGUCUUGCCGUCAAUUCCCUCAUCACGAUCGGUGUGCUAUGGUUCUCAAACAUCUUCCCACUACGCGCGGUGUGGCUAGCUUCGCUGGGAUGGUUCCUCGGCGGUGGGCCUGUGGUGGCGUUCGCUAUCGUCUGGACUAUGAUGGCGGACGUCACCACUGAGGCUGAACGGGCGACCAUGUUCUUCCAAUUUGCCAUUGUCUCUAUGGCAGCUGAGCUUGGUUCAAGCGCGGUCAGCUCCUAUCUCAUGGUUCUGAAUCCGUGGAUCCCAUUGCUAGUGGGCUAUGCGAUCGUGUUUUGCGGCAUGUCUCUUACUCUGAUCCUCCCGGAAACGAUGCAUGCGAUCCCAGGAAAAGGCCCCAGUCCAUCUAGUGUGGAGCUGGAUGACCUAGAAGAUGGAAACAAGCAGUACAGGCACAAGCCAGAGAACGGCUUGUAUCACGACGAUAGCGAUGCCGAGGUCGGCCAGGCCCACGAAGCUCACAUGUCAUGGAGCUAUCCUGCCCUGUCCGGCCAUUCCGUCCGUGGCAAGAUUGGUAUUCUAUGGAGCAGAGUCUGCUUCAAUUGCAGGUUCUACGUCAAACCGUACCUGUUUAUUCUGAAUAGAAAGCCGGUCUUGUUACUGCUGACCGCGUUCUUGGUCUAUCGACUCAGUCGUGGCUCAUCUUGGUUUCUUACCCAGUACAUUUCUAGCCGGUACUCGUGGAGUCUUGCGGCAGCCAACAUGCUCGUUGGUUCUCGACCAGCCGUUUCCAUUCCAGUCUUAUUGUUUGGCCUCCCCUGGCUUAAGAAGAGGUAUUUAGACUCGCGAAAAUCUCCCACCGAAAAGGAUCUCUCUCUGGCACGAGCCAGUAUUGUGUGUCUUGCCGUGGGUACCCUAGGAAUCGGCCUCUCGCCGGCUGUCAGCACCUUGAUCCCCAGCUUGGUUGUCCAAACCUCUGGCUCAGGAUUCGUUUUCCUAGCGCGCUCUAUCAUCACUACGCUGGUCGAGCGAGAUGAAACCGCGCGCUUGUACACGGUCAUCGAGAUUCUGCAAGCUGUUGGAAACGUCUUUGCCAGCUUGUCCAUUACAGCUGUUUUCCAGAUGGGCCUUCGGAUGGGCGGGUUCUGGGUUGGGCUCGCGUGGAUGAUGACAAGUUCCUUGUUUGCUUUGGUGGCCGUUGCCAUUUGGAUGUUUCGUCUUCCUCCCACACCGCGCAACCCAGAUUUUGUUGUUGGUGGAUUCGAAGAUGAGACUGAUUGA